GGCUGCACGCUUGCUGUGCUUAUUCUCUCCCACCUUAGCACCAAGCAAGGUGCAAGGCUUCAGCACUUGCACUUAGUGAACAGUCUUUAGUUCAGAUCUGGUGGCAGAAGAACCAUCUGGUCAUGGCCAUGGAAGAGUACUUCUCUGCUGUCCGAAAAAUGGAACAAUUGGUCUUGUUCCCCAGUCUCCUGAGAGGUGUUUUUGUGGAACAGGAUGACACAGCCACUGCUGAUUUUGGUGAAAAAGACUUGUAUGAGCACUACCUCCGGCUGAAAUCAAUCAAACUCGCUGUGGAGGGUGGCCAAGUACCCAGAGAGAAAUGCAAACUCCCUGUCACCAACAAAGAGGAAAAAAAAGAGAACAGAGGGGAUGCCAAUCUCGAAGAGCUGUUUUACCACCAUUUUACAGGCUUGUACCAUGUUCUGAUGACCCUGACCAGGAAAGCCAAUGCACUGACCAGAAAGUACAAUGAUAUUAUUGGAGAGAUCAACCAGAAUGAUACCGUGCUUACCUGGUGAAAUGCCCGCCGUUACCUUCAAAGGGGCAGCCCGCCACCCAGAGACUGUGUACCGCCAGCGCCUUACUGCAACUACUGCCGCUGAAGUUAUUUGAUGGACCACUCAGAUCCUGACCUUCUGCUAACCGUACGCUGUGCUGCAAUAGCCAAAAUAAAUGGGGUUCUUCCACGCUGUGAUGUCUGCUGAGACAAAUGGUUUGUUCUGACUCGGUUGGAUGACACUUUCCCUAGCUGCAGCCAUACUUUGAAAAACUUUCACUUGUGGAUUCGUUAGUCCACCGACACAAACGUCAUCUCCUUUUGAGUUUCAUUUGGUUUCUUACAAGUACAUGCAAGCAAGUAAAGCAAAGUCUUGAACAACAUCAAAGCAACCUUCUGCUCUCUAGAGCAGUGAGUCUCAAUCAGGGUGGCAUGGGAUCCUUUUAAGGGUACUCUGUGUUAUUAGCACAAUUCGGUGUGCAAAUACCUACCUGUAACUCACAAGAUAAACCCAAA